AUGGAGGACCAGGAUUUCCUUCUUGGGUAUGCCUGUUGGAAAAGUAUGAAGGCUAUUAUGAAGGCGAAAGUGUCUGCUGCAACCCUCAUUUUCUGUCUUGGCAUGGCCAACAGCUUGACCUGCUGGAAGUGCCUGAGCAGGGAAGGAAACUGUAUGGAGACCAACACGGAAGUCUGCAGCCUUUCUCAAGACUCCUGCAUCCUUGAGAUCAAGCAGUUCUUCGCUUUGAGUGCAGUCACCGUGAAGCAGGGCUGUGGCACCUCGAACCAGUGCCGGCGCUAUCUUGAGGGGCACGCGGGAUUAUUAUACCGGGGGAUGUAUUGCUGUUCCUCCAAUCUCUGCAGACCUCUGAAUUUCAAUGUCAGCAGAGAUGGAUCCAGAAAUGGUGUGAAGUGUCAAAGCUGCAUCGGGAGCACAGCGGAAUGCGGCCAGGAUGUGCCUUCGCAGCCAUGCUAUGGGAGCAUGGACCGCUGUGUACAGAUUUCCCAGCGCUUCCUACCAGGUGAAGAACUGGAACCCAUCAUAAAGGGAUGUGGAAAUAGUUCCUUUAAGGACGCAGUGGUGGCAUACCAGAUUGGCAAAGAUUUCGCCUACAUUGAUCAAAAGGUCUGCCGUCAGUCCAACUGUAACAACCGGAAUGUCACAGAUAUAUCUUCCCGUCAACCCAACGGAUUGAGAUGCUACACAUGCCGAGGUUCAGAGGAUGGGGAGUGCGCUCGUGACAGACUACAGCUUUUGAACUGCACGGGAGCCAUGGAUCAAUGUGUGCAUGUCAUAAAAAAGAGUAAAGGAUUGCCUGUGACCAUCCAGAAAGGCUGUGCUACAAAGACCAUGUGUGACAGCAACCAGGGUAUAUAUUUCAAUCUGAUGAGGCAGGAUUACUAUGCAAAGUGUUGCAAAACACCCCUCUGCAACCGAGCGGAGAGUCCUUCUGCUCCGGUGAUGCUGACGAUGGGGACGGCUCUUGCCUCGUGGCUGGCACUGAUAGCCUGGAAAUAGCUGAGGUUGGCUGGAGAAGCCCUCCAGAAAAGUU